GGAGGCGUGACAAUAUUGACGAUAGACUCGGCUGAUAAACCGACACGUCCCACAUGUGACAGCAGUCGUUCAACAUAGAUAGAUAGAUAGUGGGUGGCACAAAAUGUAAGGGACAUAAAUAGCGCUAUAUAAGCAAGGUAAAUAACUAGAAACACAUUUGCGUUUCUAAUAAGCUUGAGGACGUAAGUGGUAAAUAUUUUCGGCAAAGUCUUACGUAUUUGAAUCACUAUGGCAGAAGGUACUUCUGUUAACGGUGUUGCAUCAAGCAUGUCUAAUAAGCGGCAAGGUUACCUUGAAUGGGAUGAUUACUUCAUGUCAGUGGCUUUCCUCUCUGCUCAACGUAGCAAAGACCCAAGAACUCAGGUAGGAGCUUGUAUUGUUAACGAAGAUCGACGUAUUGUUGGCGUCGGAUAUAACGGUAUGCCUCGUGGUUGUAGUGACGAUGAUUUUCCUUGGUGCAAUGAAGGUGUCACUGAGCUAGAAAAGAAAAAUCUCUACGUAUGUCAUGCUGAGCUUAAUGCAAUUCUCAAUAAGAAUUCUGCAGACGUUCGCAAUUACACUAUAUAUGUUGGUUUGUUUCCUUGCAAUGAAUGUGCUAAAGUCAUUAUACAGUCUGGAAUUAAAGAAGUCAUAUACUAUUCGGAUAAAUAUGAGGACAAAAUUACCUCUAAAGCUUCUCGAAUUAUGUUGGAUCAUGCUAAAAUAAAAUAUCGCCAGUAUCAACCUACAAACGGACAAAUUGUUAUAGAUUUUACUUCAUUAGAUGAAAUGAAAGACCGGAUUAUAAGUUAAGUUUCGUCCCUUCUUUCUGAACUUUCACUUUAGUCAGAUGCGAACAUAAACAUUUGGAAUUCAUUAUAUUGCCAACAUUGCCUUUUCAUAAUGAUAUCCUGUUAUAUUUUCUAGCUAAAAUUAAUGGAACUGGUGAAGAUUUUCUAAUUUUUAUAUGAAAUAUUAACUGCUGUAUUUUUAACGAAAAUGUUUAUUCCAUUUUGUUUUCGUUUGUGUGUACAUAAUAUUUUAACUGCCUCUUUCUAAGAAAAGGAAACUAUCCACAUUUGUUCCAAUACGCAGUAGCGUAGCUGGGGUGGGGUGUGUGUGCAUUUUGGGCUGCACUUUUAAAGAGGCACCACCUUUGAGUCUGCUGUAGAUAAUGUUUUUUUUUUGUGAUGGUCCGGGGGCAGCAAACAGAAAGGCAUCCCCGGGCAGCACAGAUUCUAGCUACGCUAGUGCCAAUUUUCUUCUAACUCCAUCUAAUAAAAAGUUAUCCGACUUCCACCCAGGAUGUUGCGUCUUCUCACUAGCCUUCCUACUACAUACCGACUAUUCACUGGAGCUGGUUGAUGUCAUACCUAUUCUACUCAGGAUCACCCGACUCCAUCUACCCUCUCGUCUCUUAUUCAAGAAAGUAGCACGGAUAUUGUGUGUGGACGGAACCGCAUGAAUGCAAAACAGGAUGAAACCCAGGUAUCAGUGUGGAGGCGGGGCUCGUGGGGUCCAAGCUAAACCUGUCCCUCCACUCCAUCUGUAAUGUUUUCCAGUCUGUAUUAGCAUUCGAUUUCUCCGAUUUCAUUAUAUGUUUGUAAUUAUGUGUAAAUUUUUAAUUUCAUCCUUUGUGUAAAAUCAUUCGUGAAUCUGACCCCAAAUCAGGUUCUUUGUUCGCCCCUUGUGGGUACUAAAAAAACAGGUAUGUAUGUGUGUGUGUGUGUGUGUUCCCCCCACUCCUCUGCUUGACAACUAUGUUUGGUGAGUUUACAUCCCCAUAACUUAGUGGUUCAGCAAAAGAGACUGAAGCGAUAUAUACUCAGCUUAAGAAAAAAAUUCCUGAGGCUAAAAUUCUUCAAAGUGUAUUCCAUCAUGGCUGCAGUCUAAUGAUUAAAACAAGUAAAAAAUAAGACAUAAGUAUGUACACACAUACGAAAUAAGGUCAAAAAUUAUCUGCACUCUUGCCAUAACAAAUCUUUAUUGUUGUGACACUGCCUUCAGUGCAUGCAUACUUAUAGUUGGUACUAUUUUGGUGACGUGAUCAAAGUUUGAGUCUGAUUGGGCCAUUUUUCUUUCUGGCAUCACAGUGUAAGCAUAGUCACUCCACUAGCAAUGAGCACCAAAGAAUAACAAAGAGCAGUGAUCUGAGAGAUGGUAAUGGUAUGGUCAGAGGACACAGACUAAACCGUGUAUAAAUACAUUACUGCCGUUUGCUUUUAGAGUGUUCUUCUUUUUUCGGAUAUCUGAUAGAUUGACAAUAUAUGUAUGUGUGUGCGUCUUUUUUUGUUUCACU